UAAAAAAACAAGGCGCGGCCUUUCCUCCUCCUUGCUCUCUUUCUCUCGCUCUGGACCUGGUAAAUUUCUACUUCCACUACGGCUGACACUGUCAGAGAAGUAAGAAAUCAAAUGGGAAGCACAAACGACGGCGAAACGAUGUCGUUGGGACGAAAAUCGAUAGUGGAAGUUCGAGGAGCCGGGGGUAAAUUGAGGAAACCGCCGUCGCGAAGGCCACUGGCAACACCGUAUGCUCGGCCGCAGGAUAACCAAGCGCAACGGCGUCGGUGGUUGUCGAAGCUGGUGGAUCCGGCUUACAAGUUGAUUUCUGGCGGUGCGAACUUGAUUUUCCCCUCUUUCUUCUCCAAAUCGGAGUCUGUGGAUGACGAUGCUAAUCGGGAAGAAGAUGACGUGAAAUCACAUGAGGAGGUGGAGGAGCAGAAUGCUAGUGGUGAUGAUGCCAAUCUCACUGUUAAUCAAGCAGCACCCAGAUCAACUGAUGUAGCUGGUACUAGCAGAGCUGCAGAAAUAUCCAAGAGUGGUUCUGACUUUGAGGGCCAUGAACAUCAAAAACUUGGCAUUUCUGGUCAUAAUGGGCUUUCUGAAAUUGAACAAGUAGUGAAGGACCAAAAGUUUUCUAGGGAUGAAAUUAAUCGUUUGAUGGAGAUACUUCAUUCAAGAGCUGCUAAUCUUCCGAAUGUUGAGCAAGAAAAGGAACACUCAAGCAUGACUGCUAGAGAUGUUGGAAGGCCUGCUGCUGCCAUUGAAUGUUCAAGAAAGUCAACUGAAGAAAAGCGAGAGGAUAUUAACACAACUAUUUGGGGAACUUCAAAAAUUCAAGAAAAGAGAUACUCAAGCGUGAUUCCUGGAGUUGUUGGAGGCCUUGCAAUCCCCUUUGAAAGUUCAACAAAGUCAACCGAAGAAAAGCAUGAAGAUUUGAAUACAGCUAUUUGGGGAAACUCAACCCCUCUUGUCAAGUCAACUCUACCAGAUGAUGUUGGAGCCUCACCAAUUGAUAUUGCAAGGGCUUAUAUGGAAAACCGAGCAUCAGAAGUAGGCUUUGGCUCUAAGAGUUUAGUUUCAAAAGAUCGAGGGGCAUUAGUGAUUGGCAACCUGCUUGGAUCAAAGCCACUUUUGCCAUCUCCUUCACCUAAGCCCUCCACAUGCUGGCCAGGUGCCAUGGUACAGGAUCAGCGUGGUUUUAUGACUCCACAAAGUCAAAGAGGGAGAUUCGGGCUUCACAAUUUUCCCCGAACUCCUUAUUCUAGAACUUUUUAUUCAAAGUCUAAGUCCCAGUUACAAGGUGAUCAUGAUAGGCCUUUGAAUAUGACGUCAUCUCCCUUUCAGCAGCCUCAAACUCCUGUAUAUGGACAGGUGAAUUCAAGGGGCAAUUCAGUGGAUGAUGUACAUGAUUCUGUUGGACCCAUUCGUAGGACUAGGAUACGGCAUAAAGCUGUUGCAGAAACUCCUUCUAGAGGGUCUGCUAGUUAUCAUUCAACUUUAAACAGUCCUCAGGUGGAAAACUUCAAUGCCUUUGAAGGAUUAUUUUCAGGUGUAAAGAAGAGUACAGAAAAAGGAGGAACAAGUAGCCCCUCAAAAUUUCUGGUAGCAGAUAGUGAGCCACAAAGCUCCAAAGUCAGUGUUCCAUCCGUUCCUCCACAUUCCAGGCAGAUGGCUCAGAAAAUAUUAGAACACUUGGAGAGAAAUUUGCCAACUCCUAAAGAGAAAUCUGCUGAGUUGAGGCUAGCCACCUCCUGGAAGAAAUCCCUCUCCUCAAACAACAAUGAUAGCUUGGCCAAUGGCCCCGACUCUUUGAGAAAACCAGAUCAAGCUGACAAAACAAAUUCAGCUCAGGCGACUGAAGAUAGAGGGAAUCUUCUUUUUAAGUUUGCUCCUCGGGAAGUUACUGUUCAAGCUGACACUGCUGCAAAAAAUAAUACUUCAGCUUCAGACAUGAAGGCUGUGCCAAAUGCCGCUUCCUCGGAGUUUCCAAGUUUUCAGAAGAAGCCUCCCACUCACUCUUCAGGGAAUAAACCAGUUUUGCCUUCUAUUACCGUUGGCAAGCCUGAUCAAAGAUGGGCAUUAUCUUCUGAUAAGACAACUUCCGGAUUUACUUUCCCUGUCUCUGCAUCUUCGGGUGUAAACUCUGAGCCUCCAACACCAACCAUCAUGCCAUCAACCUCAGCCACCGUUCCGUCUCCACCUAAAGACGCAUCCUCAAUUCCUUCAUAUAGUUUUGGCUCUAAGAAGUCUGAUCCUGCCCUUGUUUUUUCUUUCCCUUCAACAAGCAACGCCUCAAUACCAGACAAUGCAUCUUCCGAUCUGAAGUUCAAGUUUGGAUCAGAGAAGACAACUAGGUUAUCUUUCAGUUCUAUAGGCAAAGAUGCCAUCUGCUAUUAAAGAAAACAAUGACAUUUUUAUGUUUUUUUUUUCCCUGGUAUUUUUAGGUAUUCAUCCUUUUCCAACAUUUGCCAAAUUAACUGCAUUGAAUUAUUAGUUAUUGACAGAACUCAUGUAGUUCUUCUCA